AUGAAAGACAAAACAGAGGUGGAGCACGUAUCCCCUUACUCAUCCCACAAUGAUCAUAUGGUAGAAGAUGACAACCACAAUGACUUGUUUAAUGAAAAACCAGAUUUGUCUUGGCCAUCAAUCAAACAUUAUUUUGCCACAAGAAUACCAAACAUGUUAGACUUGCCCUUGUAUCAUCAAGAAAAAAAAUGGUAUCAAGUAGUAAACCCAAUACCUGGUUUGAAAGAAAUGACAGCAUUGGACUGGAAUUUCUACGGGCUAGGAUUUCUUGCAUGGUCGCUAGAUUCAAUGGAUUUUUUUUGUGUUUCUGUGUCAGCUUCGGAAAUUGCUGCUACUUUGAAAGUAAGUGUGACUGAUAUAACUUGGGGUGUGACUUUGGUAUUGAUGCUUAGAUCAGUAGGAGCAAUCAUUUUCGGUAUUGCUGCUGACAAGUUUGGUCGAAAAUGGUGCUAUAUAACGAUAUUGUUCCUUUUCAUUGUUGUUGAGAUAGGUACCGGAUUCGUGCAGACAUACAAGCAAUUUCUUGGAGUGAGGGCAAUGUUUGGUAUCUUGAUGGGGGCAAUGUAUCCUAUUGCUAUGGUGACGGCAAUUGAAGGACAACCAACAGUUGCAAGGUCGGUAUUAUCGGGAUUAUUCUUACCUGGUUACUCAUUCGGUUACAUUUUAGCAAUGGUGUUCUAUAGGGCUUUCUCGGGCACUUACAAAGAAGGUGAAGGUUGGAGGAGCUUGUUCUGGUUCAGUGCUGGAUUAAGUGUGUUGUUGAUUGCUUGGAGACUUGUUAUUCCUGAAUCCCCCGAUUUCAUUAAAUUAAAAGAAAAGAAGAAACGGUUCAAUGAAAAGAAUAAAGUCAAACAUAAACUCAUUGACAUGAGUGUUUUACAAACGUUGAAAACAGAGUGGUUGUUGUUUAUUUACCUUAUUUUCUUGUACAGCGGGUGGAACUUCACUACACAUGGUUCACAAGACUUGUAUGUUACAAUGUUGACAAAACAGUUUGAUGUUAGUUUAAACACCAAAACGGUUAUUGUUGUUGUGAGUAACCUUGGAGGAAUGAUUGGUGGUAUCAUAAUGGGUUCAGCUUCAGAACUUUUUGGACGAAGACUUACGGUUAUCAUUUGCAUGAUCUGGAAUGGAGCUUUUGUAUACCCAUCUUUCUUCAAUGCAAAUAGGAAUUGGUGGGCUUACGUUUUUUUGAAUGGUGGUGUUAUGGGUGCAUGGGGUAUUUCAUCAGUUUAUUUGCUAGAGGUUGUGAAUAAAGCCAAUAGGGCAUUAAUCUCAGGUUUGGCUUAUCAGUUGGGUAAUUUAGUCAGUUCAGCUAGUGCCACCAUUGAGGCUCGUAUUGGAGAGAGAUUCCCACUUGAAGGUGGUGCUGGAGACAUGUACGAUUACGGUAAGGUGAUGUGUAUCUUUUGUGGUGCGGUUUUCGGCUACAUGAUAAUAUGUGUCUUGGUAGGACCCGAAAAGUUCCACAAUAAUUUGCAUGUGACUGACGAUGAUGAAGUGCAGCUCGAAGAAGGAAGCAUUGAAGAUGAUGUAAGGUCAGAUAAAAAGAUUUAG